AUGAAGAUACCAUUGGAGGUGCAUAUGGGAUCAGGAGUUCAAGACACAGCGCAAAGUCUUGCCGGUGGAAUCACACAGGGAUCCGCUAGCUUGGGUGCUGGUGCCAAAGUAAUAGGGUAUGGUUUAGGCAUUGGUCUCAUUGCACUAGGAGCUGGGAUCGCAUUUGGUCAAGCGCUUCGGAGACCAACUGUGAUAUAUUCGAAUAGUAUGUUUCAAAUUUUCUAA